AUAUUGAGUCAAUUCAGUCGCUUUGAGUACUUGGUGAAUGUAUGUGAUUUGUGCGGCUCUUCUCCGAUAAAAAUUAGUUGACAAAAAAUAAACAUAUAUUAUACCACGCAGCUGUAUUACAGACGACAAUGGCUCAACAAUCUGAUCAUCUUCCACCCCCGAAAGGAUUCGCAACCGCCGCCAUUCACCACGACCAAGAACCGGAGAAAUGGGACUCGAUGGCCGUAGUCACACCUCUGGUUACCUCCACAACUUACAAACAAUACGGACCCGCCGAUUUUAAGAAAUAUGAAUACUCCCGGUCAGGAAACCCGACGAGAGAUGUGCUGGAGAAUGUUUUGGCGAAACUUGAUAACGCCAAACACGGAUUAUGCUUUGCGUCAGGUUUAGGGGCUCAAUCAGCCAUUAUCGGCAUGUUAAAGGCCGGCGACCACCUAAUUAGCGGCGACGACAUCUACGGCGGCACCAACAGGCUGUUCAGCAAAGUCGCCAGCAAAUUCGGAGUCGAAACCUCUUACGUCGACCUGUCGGACAUCAGUAACGUGGAAAAUGCCAUCAAACCCAACACCAAGUUGAUGUGGCUGGAGACGCCAACCAAUCCUACGUUGAAAGUUUUCGACAUUAAAGCCAUCUCUGAAAUUCUCAAAAAGAAGAACAUAAUCCUGGUUGUGGACAACACCUUUUUGACUCCUUACUUUCAACGACCGUUAGACUUUGGAGCCGACAUUGUCGCCUACUCUUUGACAAAAUACAUGAACGGUCACUCAGACAUCAUCAUGGGAGCCGUAACAACCAACAAUGAUAAGCUGUUUCAAGAACUGAAGUUCCUCCAAAACUCUAUGGGAAUUGUGCCAUCGCCAUUUGACUGCUACCAAGUUAACAGGAGUUUAAAAACCCUAAACUUGAGAAUGCAGCAACACAGCAAAAACGCACUGGCCGUUGCCCAAUACUUGGAAUCUCAUCCGAAAAUCGACAAAGUAAUUCAUCCUAGUCUCCCAAGCCAUCCGCAACAUGAAAUCACCAAAAGACAGACAAGCGGUCACAGCGGCAUGGUAACGAUAUACCUCAAAGGUACACUGGAGCACUCUAAAAAAUUCCUUCAGUCGUUGAAGCUGUUCACACUUGCCGAAAGUUUGGGAGGAUACGAGAGUUUGGCCGAACUACCAUCUGUAAUGACCCAUGCGUCGGUCCCACCAGAACAGAGAAAGGUCCUAAACAUAACCGAUUCGCUGGUGCGUCUGUCCGUUGGUCUUGAAGACAUUGAAGACAUUAUCGCCGAUUUGGCACAAGCUUUAGAUCAGAUCUAAUUUAUUUAAUACAACACUGCCCUAAAUAAACAUUAUUGAUUUUA